AGCAACACGCUGGGUUUUUUGCUCUCUCUUCCCCGGAAAUCCUAUCCGUACAUACACCCGUCCCGACUUUCUUGGUGGGGGUGUUUCUAUGCUUUGAGAGAGAAUACCACCCUGCUGGAUAUUUUUUCUUACACGAGUUUCUGGGCUGUGAAGCAUUGAGUUGCUGUCACUGCUGUCAGCAAAGCAAUAUGGGAGGAUUCUACAUGCAGUAUCUCGAGAGCCUGUGUCGGCGUCGUGGGUGGCGAGACCCUUCGUACGAGUGUUACAGAGAUCCCAGUGGCUACACGUGCCUGGUCCUGGUAAAUGGGCGCGAGUACCAGACGGACCUGGCAUACGAAUCGGAUCACCUGGCUCAGGAGAAUGCCGCCAUGAGAGCCUUCAUGGUGUGUCGGAACUUUUCUGUCAACGGAGGCAUGCUCGCGCGUAACGGGAUCGUCCAGGGUCUUCCAGCCAAUGAGUCUACCAGACGUAAGAAGUCCCGCCACGCUUCUUCAAGCCACACCCACACCCAGAAGGAGAGCCGCCAUAGGUCAGGACACCACUCGAGCAGCAGCUCGACCGCAUCCUUCGAGUGAGGGAGGAAAUUGGCUGCCGCCCCGGCGGAUUUCAGCCAAACACGACCAUCGGCUAAUUUUAACCAAUGGAUUACAAGUAAGGACAGAGAGAGGCGUCAAAGAUCGAUAUAUAUACACGUGGUGAAGCUUCACAGCUUAUCCCCA